AUGGCUAAUCUGGCGGUGGCAAUCGCUGUGGGCUCCAUUAGGGAUCUGGACCUGGGGGUGACGGAGAAGAAGACCGAGGCCAUUUUUCUCCAUGACAAAGGAGCUAAAUCACCCCAGGCUCAGAUAAGAGUAGGUACGCACAGGGUCCCGAUUGAGGCCCAGAUGAAAUAUCUGGAUCUUAUCCUGGACAGCACUUGGUGCUUCAAGGAACAUAUAGGCCGCUUGGUCCCCCGAUUUAAGAUGAUAUCAAUAAGGCUGGGCAGACUUAUGCCCAACAUCGGGGGACCAGGACAAAAGGCCCGUCGUCUCCACGUGGGAGUUUUGAACUCGGUGGCGCUAUAUGGGGCGCCCAUAUGGGCUGAGGCCUUGGCCGUCAAUCGCCGAAUGCGUGCGCAGUUGCGCAAGGCGCAUAGAACACUGGCGGCCAUGGUCAUCAGGGGAUAUAGAACGAUAUCCCACGUGGCGGUGACGGCUCUGGCGAGCAUGUCCCCCUGGAGCUCCAGGCGUUAA